GCUCAUCAUGUACGUCAGCCAUAUUAGUCUUGAUGGCUUGUGGAAUCGUUGUUUAUCGGAACUUUAUUUUUGUUGACGUUCUGUGUGGUACCGGAUUAUGUGACUGUAUUUGAUUGACAAAGGAUGGAUAUACCUGCUUCUGGUCUGCACGAAAGUAUUACUUGGUCCCUUCACACACGGCUUUCUCAAUGGUACGCUUAGGAAUGGACAGGAUCAGGUUAGGGAGCUUCAACAAGAAUGACACCUGUCGAAGAGGGGAGCGUGACGACCCACCCGUAUCCCGCUCUGCUGAAAGUUUUGACACACAGGGUGUUCUUUUAGUUCAGAGGUGCCUGAUAGUUCAACGUGAUGAAAAAGGGUAUGGCCUCACAGUGUCUGGAGACAAUCCGGUGUUUGUACAGUCUGUUAAGCCAGGUGGAGCGGCUGCCAGAGCAGGGGUUCACCAAGGCGAUCGAAUAAUCAAAGUGAAUGGCACCCUGGUCACCCAGUCAAACCACCAGGAUGUUGUCAAAUUGAUCAAAUCGGGGUCCUAUGUGGCCCUCACCCUCUUGGGUCCCCCUCCUGGCGAACCAUGCCGUCCAGUGCCUGUGGUGCAUACACCCAGCAUCAGCCAGCCCCAUGCGCCCCUCACACCCAGGACCUCUGGUACUUCGGAACGGAUCACAGGUCCUCAGCCCGUGGAUCCCGAACAGCAACAACAGUGCACCAAUAUUUCUUACCAGACAAUCAAGAAGAUGCUGGAGAAAGAGCAGAACUAUUUAGAUAAAAUAUUGGCGGAAUGCAACAAGAACCCCUCGGAUAAGGCACGUGCUGAGAUGCAGAGCGCAAAGAAACGCAUUUCCAACCUGGAACGGCAGCUGCAUACAAUAAGGGGCUCACAUAAUGAUUGGCAGAGGACGUCACCCAAGUCGCCUUCCAGCCAGCGGAAUUCAGGGGACAUGGAAGGGAUGAGCCACCGCUCCAGCUCAUUCCACGUUUCUUCUGGCCAGACACGAGUGCAUCCCAUCAUGCACCAGGUGUCUGCCCCCUCCUUUCCCCGCGAAUGGAUGCCACCCCCCUCUGCCCCUGCCCUGGUACCCAGCAGGAAUGACACUAAGCCCCUGGGUGCUUCGGCAUCCAUGGAGAACAUAGCAAAUUCCUCCGGCCACGAUGGAGUCUGCUGGGCAAAGCAAGCUGGAGCGAAGCACUCUCGCCAACGUUCCAGUCCGGAUAACCUAAUGUACGUGAUGGAAGGGAUGGACUAUGACAUGGAUGCGUUGCAUCCGCCGUUGAACAUACCCCCAGAGCACGAGGAUCCUUGGAACAGUGAGGGCGCUUCACCUGAGCUGGUUUCAAAGAAAUCACGCUCUGCAUCAAGGGGCUCAUCCUUUGGACUGCAUGAUUCCUGUGAGAGUCCCCAUGGCACACCGCCGGAGUCACCUGCAGUCGGUCUAAUGGUGGACACAUCGCAGGACCACGGGGAGGACACAGAUGAGGCCAAUGUGUCUGAGGAGGUGCCGACGUCUAUUGAGCUAGUGGAUACUGGGCAGCUCCAGCAACCCCCGAUUCCAUUGCUGGAUGCUAGCUUUGGUGGCGAGCCCUGCACUAACCCAAUGGAAGGCAGGCCCCUCCCUCCUCUCCCCACGGAAGCCAAGGUGUUGCCGCCUCCCCUAACACCUGCUGCAGCUGCUCAUGCUAGUCAACAGUAUGGGACGCCCCCAGAAAGCCAGCCCCUCCAGACUCAUCCGGGAUCCAGAGUUCCAAUCCAGCAGAGCAACAUUAUAUCCAUGGAUGAUGAUGAGGGUACAUCUGAUAACGAGCUCCAAAGCCAUCUUGAAGACCAUGGCCCAUUCAACAGCAUCUGGAAGCUGAUGAGGCAUCCAGCUCAUCUUUCUGUGUUCCUCCAUUACUUACUUACCAACACAAACGAACCAUCCAGUUUGUUGUUCUACAUCAUCACAGACCUGUAUAAGUUGGGGUCUGGAAAAGAAAUGAAAAAGUGGGCCUAUGAGAUCACUUCAACGUUUCUUGUUCCCCACGCACCCUUAGCUAUUGACAAGAUUGACGAAACUGUAUUGAACGAAAUAGACGGAGUGCUGCAAAGCAGCCAAGAACACGAAGAUGAGCUGAAAGCAGUCUUUGUCAAGGCAAGGCGGAAAGCCAAAGAACAGCUUACGACGCUGCUCGUUCAUUUUCGCAACACUAGGACAAUAGGAUUGUCUAACAUUUUCAUUCCGAAUGACGCUGCUCUUGACGAAGCCAUUCGCGACAAGAAUGCAGAGUUGAGGAUAAUAGAAUCCCUCCUGGUGACAGAACUCGAGUCACUCACGAGGGAUGAACAGCCCGACGACCAGAAAUCUGCUCUAGGAUCUGCCUUGGCAACAGUUCUCAAGAACUUUGGGGUCAAGACUCCUUCCUCGGUGGCCCUCAUUGACAGGUUUCCUACCUUUGUGGCCAAAGAAAAAUCUAGGAUAAAGUUUUUCCCAAGGAACAAGAGGUUUGCCUUCCAGACGAUCAACACAAAGGGUCACCACUUCCAGUCCCAGCAAUAUCAUUGUGUCACCUAUUGCAAUCACUGCCAACACAUCAUCUGGGGUGUAGGUGACCAGGGGUACCAGUGCUCCAAUUGUGAAAUGAAUAUCCACAAGGCAUGUGUCAAAGUGGUGGAGGAGCAGUGCAUUGGUUCACUCCGGAAUAAGAAGCCGAAGAAGAACCACCGCAUGUCGAGCCUAGGCUCGGGCAUCAUGGAAAACAUCAUUCCCAAGACAAGAAAGCCACAGACUAGUCUCAGUGACAGGCACAAAAGACCUGCUGAAGAUGGGAGCCUUGACUCAGGGAUAUGUGUGUCAUCUGAAGCUGUUGACAGUGAUAAACACACCGGUCGCUCUGAACGUGUUCAUGGUGAGGGCAGUGACCACCACUCUCCGCAUGGCAGUGAUGGGAUGGACCGAGGACCACGCUCCAAGAAAGGCAACUCCAUCGGAAGGUCCGAGAGCUUUCGACAGCGGAGAGAAACGCGACCGUCGUAUCGGAAGCGGAGUGAUCCCAAUAUUCCAAGAUCCAAGAGCGAUGUGGACGUGGAAGACAAGCCAAAUAACCUGAACCAUUCUGGGAGUUCUUCAAAUUCCAGCCUUUCCACAAGGAGCUUGGAAAGCCCGAGCAACUCAUGCGAAAUGGUGCAUCGAACUCCGUCGACGGCUCCUGCGGAUGCAGGUGGACAUCCACCAAGCGGAACACCCACCUCACUGGGGUUGCACUCUGGAGGAACAUCAGUUGGGCAGCUGGAUGACUCAGAUCUGGAGUGUGACACUGAACCUCCCAAUUGGCAGAACAAUGUUGACCGGGAGAGCCUCAGGCUCAUGAAGCCUAAGGAAAGGAAGAGGCAGGAUGUCAUCAAUGAGCUGUUCCAUACGGAACGAACCCACGUACGCAACCUCAAGAUCCUGGAGCGGCUGUUCUUCCGGCCUCUUCAGCAGGAGCAGCUGCUGAGCCCAGAGUUGCUGAACUUAUUAUUUCCCAAUCUGGAUGAGCUGCUAGACAUCCACUGCUCUUUCAACGCACUCAUGAAGGCACGACGCAGGGAAGAACCCAUCAUCGGCGAGAUUGGAGAAAUGAUGCUUAAAAUGAUGGAUGGCGAGUCUGGCGAGUACCUGAAAGGGGCCAUAGCUACAUUUUGCAAGAACCAAUCUGUCGCCCUAGAAACCCUCAAGAACAAGCAGAAGAAGGACCAAAAGCUGUCACAGUUCCUUGCUGAUGCAGAACUGCACCCUGUGUGCAGGCGUCUCCAGCUAAAAGAUAUUAUAGCAACGGGUUUCCAGCGGCUAACCAAGUACCCGCUUCUCCUGGAGAAUGUAGCGAAGUACACAGCACCCAACUCAUUGGAGCACUCUCAGCUGCUGGAAGCUGUGGACCGCAGCAAGAACAUCUUGGCCUAUGUCAACCAAGCUGUACGUGAUGCAGAGAAUGAACACAGGCUGGCAGAGCUGCAGCGACGGAUGGACAGGAGUGCAUUCGACAAAGUAGAGAACCCCGUUUCAUCCUCUUUCAAGCACCUGGACCUACGCAAGCACCGCCUUGUACAUGAGGGCCAUUUAACAUGGCGUCUGAGCCGGCAAAAGUCUCUGGAAGUGCUAAUGGUGCUGUUGGAAGAUCUGGUGGUGCUUCUUCAACGUCAGGACGAGCGACUGUUGCUGCGGUUCCACAGCACAACACUGCCCAAAGCACUCGGGGAAGACGCGCGGCUCACCCAUAGUCCCAUCCUGCGGCUGCAGCAUGUCAUCACCAGGGAUGUGGCCACCGACAAGAAGGCCUUCUUUCUGGUCACAACAGGCGAGCAACAGGCUAUCUACGAGUUUGCUGCUGCCUCUGCUGCGGAGAAGAAAAUGUGGUUGCACCACAUCACUGCCGCUGUGAAGCCCCAUGCCACAACUGAGCAAGUCAUCAAACGGUCGGAACCGGAAAGGACAGAGUCCACAGAGGACGUCGUUGAAAGUGCCCUGGACACUGUACCACCAUCGACAACGCCUGAUGUGGAGCCCACUGCCACGAGGGAGGAACCCCCACAGGGUGAGGCGGAUGGGUUGGCUGGCGACCUCUCCCAGCCUAAGGACACCGAGGCUGGGGAGCGGGCGGAGUCCUACUCAGUGUCAGAAGCUAGUACCCAUCCUGCCCUGGUUGACUUUCAUGAAGUGGUCAUCCGGUCUAGUGCUCCUUUUGAGACUGCCCAACAUGUGCUCACUCCUGUUGAGAGACUGCGACGUAAAGACCAGGAGGUGUUAAAUGCCAUCCGGGAGAAGCAGGACAUUGUAUCGGAGAUCCUCCGGAUACCAAAGGGAGACUACGAGAACGUAGCCGAGAUUUCUGAACAAGCUGGUGGAGAUAAAGGGCCCAUGGAGCUUCUCCUUCAAAUAACAUAUCAAGCAAACAACCUAGAAAAACUAAUAAAUGAAGCCUUGAACAUCAAGGAGGAAGAUGCUAUAACUGCUCCAUCAAGCAUCAACGUCAUUCAUGAAGAUAGUCCAGCAGAGUCAUCAUCUGCAUCUCCCCAAGCAUCUCAGAAGGCAUCAACACUUCCCGGUGUUCCCACAGACAAACUCCUCAGUGUCACAAAUCCUCUGGUCAAGUACUUGACUCAGCUUGCGCCUUGCAUAGAAGAAAUGGAGCGAGAGCGGCAACAGUUGCGCAAGGCAGUACAGCAGUCACGUGAUCAAGCACAGCUUCUGCGUGUGGUCAAGCAACAGAAUGGUGAUAGCCUGUCUUCUGGGAGCCAGGAGCAGUCUCGACCCUGCAGCUUUGUGUCAGUCACUUCCUCUGCAUCAGACAUGGAGGAGCAGCCACAGCCAGUGACUGUUGAUGAAACAGAUGCAACAGAAGCCAUCAUAGCCUCCUCUUGUUCUGAAACAGCAGCAAGUGCCAAUUCCAACACAACCACAGGGUCUGCCGAAUUCUCCGAGAUGCCCCCAUAUGUAGCUCCGCCACCGUUGCCCCUCUCAGACGUCUUUCGUGAGGCGUGUGUCCAGACCAGUCAGGAGCAGCUCUGCUGUUGUCCCGUUACAGAUCUUGACGAAGACACCCCUGCAGACAUCAGCAGGUCUGACAGCGAUUCCAUCUCCACUCCGCCCCUCGAAGAACCCGUUGACAGGCCCACAGAAGGCAGUGAAGUUCUCGAGACCAAACAAAAUCCAGAAGUCCACGAGGAAGUGGAAGAGGAAGAAGACGAUAAGGCUGAGGAUGCCACGACCCCAACACCAGAGUCCACCCCGAGUGCCGUGUAUUUCUAGGAUAAUGAGUGACUUUGUGCGGAUGACCGUGUGAAUAGACAAUACCUGUGCCACAAGCGGUGCCCGUUCCUGUGCAGGAAAACGAGAAGUAUGAUGCAGUACAGUGCUUUGCUUGAACUGUUGUCGUCAGAGCUGUUUGGGGGGUUUUCGUGCACACUUUUUCUUGUUCGCGCACCAGGUUUAGUUGGGCUUGGAGGAGCGUGAUGCGGUGCACCUCAUCAUAAUAAUGAGCAAGCCUCCUCACAACACACUGUUCACAACUAUGGGAGGGGCAAAAAAGAGGGAUAAAAUCUGUAUUUUACAGCACAGACAAGACUUCUACAUCUAUAGCAUGGUCACAAAUGUGGUUUCCUGUACAUGCUGCACAAUUAGUUGGCAAUACCGUAGCAGAAAUAUUUUGUGAAGCAAAAAAAAAAAAAAAUAAUGCUGUGAAUAUCUAGUUUUAAUGGCACUGCUGCACAUUCUCCUCUCCUGUGAAUUUAUGGGAGACACUGUACAGAAUUUCUUCACUCUGAGGAGGGACACAAGCACGGUGAUGACUCGACGUACCUCGUACUACCUUGUUUCUUUGCUCUGACACGGUGCUGACUAGCUUCGAAAACUGGUGAUGUGUACAAGUCACAGAAAGAUGUAAAUAGAUGAGAAUGAACUUUUUCCUGUAUAUUACUGUUUUUAGUGUUUCCACAAGAUGGAUAUUACCAUAUUUAUGAGUACACAUAGCAUGCAGAAAGCGUUUUUGUCUUACAUGAAUUCUGAGCCCCCUCAUUGUCUUCCUGUCCUGAGGUCUCUCAAUAUCCGUUCAACAACCGUUAUGCUUCUGUUUUGUCUUCGUUUUUAUUUUGUUUCCAAGGAAAUAGACAAGAACAUCUCCUUGUCUCAUCGCACAAGAACCCAUGCCAGAAGCACUGCCCAGACGUGCACGUGCUGAAUGUGCAAGGUAGCUUUGUGUAUGAGUGGUGUAGUCAGACAGCAGCUGCCAUUGUGUGUUCCCUUAUUUCAUCUAAGUUGGAAUGCAAGAUAUAUCUCGGCCCUUUAUACGUAUGCUUUUUUACAGCUGACGCGACGCGUACGCACUUGUGAAUAAUUGAUGGAAUUUAUCUCCAAUCCGUGGACAGUGGGAGGGCUCAGACUUUGUGGAAAUAGGUGCGCUCGGUGAACUACAGGAUGCGAGAGUUAACCUUUACAACUAAGGGUAUUUUUGUACAGAUUCACGGGGUAAAAUGCUGGGAUUAUUCACCUAUUGGAAUCGCACAAAAGAGGGGAAAGUUGUGCUUUGUGAGUCUGACCCCUCUUGUGCUGUAGAUACAACUAUCUCAUGUAACUUAGACUUCAAUUAACGUAGCCUUAUAAAAGGGAAUUGUGCCUAAGAGUUUGGACAAGCAAAGAAGAAAAUCUGGGGGAGAACGAAAUGUCACGUGGGAGUGCAUUUAGAGGUGGGAACGAUGACCCCGUUUGUGCCUGUGUAUAUACAAUAGAAAAAUUUUAUAUGGCAGUUGAUGACCUUAAUGUGCUCCUAAUUUAAUUAUGGCAAAUAAAUGAGUUAGCCUCGUCUCA